AUGGACAAAAGCUGGAUGACUUUGGGUGAUAGACUUUUAUCACCUGCUUACGCUGAUGGGGUACGCAAUUUCCUUACAAUGGCACAAAACCAUUCCAUGGGAAGUGAUCGCAUUCGGUGUCCAUGCCGUAUAUGCUGUAAUAAUCUCUUCUUGCCUAUACUUGAGGUGGAGUCUCACUUGUUUAUAAAAGGGAUAGAUCCAAAUUACACGCACUGGAUAUUUCAUGGGGAGGAGGAAACACUCCCCACCAUUGACGAUGAUGGCGAUCCCGAGGUUGAAAGUGGAGAUGUGUACAUUGAUGACAUAGAUGGUAUGCUACAUGACAUACGGGCAGCCACAUUACGAGAUGCUCCUCAAGACAACACUACAUCACCAACUCACUCAGCAAUACCUCAAUCCUCCCCAAACUCAACUUUUGACCAACUAUUAGAGGAUGCCCGACGGCCUCUUUUCGAGGGUUGCACAAAUUUCUCAAAGCUCUCUUUCGUAGUGAAGUUGUUACAUAUUAAAACACUUGGUGGGUGGUCAAUCAAGUCUUUUGAUAUGCUGCUAAGCCUUUUGGGGUCAGCCUUUCCUAAUGCUGAAUUGCCACAAUCAUAUGAGGAGGCGAGGACAUUGGAGCGUGGUUUGGGUUUCACGUACCACAAAAUACAUGCAUGCCCUAAUGACUGCAUCUUAUUCUGGAAAGAAAAUGCUAAUCUGUCUGAGUGUCCUAUCUGUAAGGCGUCGCGAUGGAAGCCAUAUACACACGGGUCACGAGUGAUCCCUCAAAAAGUGCUUCGUCAUUUUCCCUUGAAGCCAAGAUUGCAGCGUCUCUUUGUGUCAACCAAGAUAGCGGGUGACAUGAGAUGGCAUAAGGAGCAGCGGGUCAUCGAUGAGAGUAGUAUGAGACAUCCUGCUGACUCUGAGUCUUGGAAGACAUUUGAUCAAGCUCAUAGUUGGUUUGCAAGGGAUGCUCGCAAUGUCAGGCUUGGUUUGGCAAGUGACGGGUUCAAUCCCUUCAACAAUCUGGCAAAACCUUAUAGCAUUUGGCCAGUGAUUCUUGUCCCGUAUAACUUACCGCCAUGGUUAUGCAUGAAGGAUUCAUUCUUUAUGACAUCCCUCAUUAUCCCUGGCCCAAAAUCACCAGGGAAUGACAUUGAUGUGUAUUUGCAACCAUUAAUUGAUGAGUUACUUGAACUUUGGGCACAUGGGGUACCUACAUAUGAUGCAUCCACUAAAGAAAUGUUCAUGUUACAUGCUGCAUUGUUGUGGACAAUUAAUGACUUUCCCGCUUAUGGAAAUCUGUCUGGGUGGUCAACAAAAGGGAAAUUGGCAUGUCCAUCUUGCAAUGCCAGUACAGAUUCCAACUGGUUGAAGUAUGGUAGAAAACAUUGUUAUAUGGGACAUCGACGUCUCUUACCCAGCGAUCACACCUGGCGAACGAGAAAAGGGUUGUUCAACGGUAAAGAAGAUCUUCGCAUGCCACCAGCAUUGGUUGAAGGACAUGAUCUAAUAACUCAGUUACAAAUGCUUGGAGAUAUUCAAUUUGGAAAAUCUUGUAGGAAGAGAAAACGUACAACAGAAGAGUUGAACUGGACAAAGAAAAGCAUAUUCUUCAAACUACCUUAUUGGUCAACAAUGCGGCUUAGACAUAAUCUAGAUGUUAUGCAUAUUGAGAAGAAUAUUUCCGAGAACAUUUUGGGCACUUUAAUGAACAUCCCGGGCAAGACAAAAGAUAACACUAAUUCACGGCGUGACCUAGAGAUCCUGGGGUUUAGAAAGGAAUUACAUCUGAAACGUGAAGGUGAACGAACUAUUAUGCCACAUGCAUCAUACACAUUACAUGGAGAUGAAAGGAAUAAAUUCUGUGAGUGGCUUGCUGAGGUGAAAUUUCCUGAUGGGUUUGCUUCUAAUAUCACGCACUGUGUAUCUGUACGUGAUUCCAAGAUCUCUGGGCUCAAAAGCCAUGACCAUCAUGUUUUCUUGCAAACUCUACUUCCUAUUGCUGUGGGGGGGUUCUUAAGGAGGGAUAUUGCAUUGGCUUUGACUGAACUUAGUAGUUUCUUCAAAGAGUUGUGCGCCCGAACAGUAGAUGUGAAUCGCCUAUCAAAGCUCCAGCUUGAUAUCGUCACCAUUCUAUGCAAACUGGAGAUGAUUUUCCCUCCAUCUUUUUUCGAUGUAAUGGUCCACCUAGCUGUCCAUUUACCCCGUGAGGCUAUUCUUGGCGGUCCAGUUCAAUAUCGGUGGAUGUACCCGUUUGAGAGGUAUCUCGGCAAGUUCAAGCGGUAUGUUAAGAACAAAGCACAUCCAGAAGGUUCAAUAGCGGAAGCCUGGGUUCACAUUGAGUGUUUGACAUUUUGCUCAAUGUAUCUCAAAGAUGUUGAGACGAAGUUUAAUCGACCGGACCGUAACAUUGAUGGUGUAGAAGAUGAGACUCUAGAUGGGUUCACAAUUUUCAACCAGAAACUUCGUCCCUUGGGUAUAGCUAAUAGUGUGCAAUUACACGAUAAACUCCAUACAGCAGCCAUUUGGGAACACUACGACAAAUGCAAGGUGUCAAACCCAAAUUCUAUUGAUCGCAUGCAACAAACUGAGUUUCCAAAUUGGUUCAAGCAACGUGUGGUGGACCAGCGUAACAACAACCCACUUGAUGUGUCCCCAGAUUUGUAUGCGUUAGCUUGUGGUCCUGACCGUUGGGUCGCAACAUAUGCUGCCUGCAUUAUAAAUGGUAAACGGUUCCAUACGAAGAGCCGUGAACUUCGCCGGCGAAGCCAAAAUUCCGGAGUGUUGGUAACUGGUGAUCAAGAAACUGAUAAUGUAGAUUUUUAUGGUCUUAUAAAUGAUGUUGUAGAGUUACACUACAUGGGAGGUCGGAGAGUGUACUUGUUCAAUUGUGAUUGGUUUGAUGUUGGUGAUAAAAGGCGAGGGAUACGGGUAGACGAUCAUUUAACUAGUGUCAAUAUGAAUAGGACCUGGUAUAAGGACGAACCAUAUGUGCUGGCAUGUCAGGCUUCCCAGUGUUUUUACAUUAGGGAUAUAAGGGCGAAAGGGAACUGGUUUGUUGUGCAGAAGUACAAUAAUAGGAAUGUGUAUGACAUUCCACCAGUGCACAGGGUUUUAGACGGUAAUGAUGGCGAAUCAAGUGAUGAUGAUGCCUAUCAAGAGAUUGAGUCAUCAGAUGAUUAUCCACUUUUGCAUUGUGAUGCAUGUCCUGUGUCAACUCCACUUAGUAGGACUGAUAUAGAACCUACACACAUUGAUGCACGAGACCACAUGGAGUCGGGUGGUGCACACAGAAAUUCACCAGAUUUUAUUGAUGAUAGCAUGGUUCCAUCGGGUUCUGGAGAUGCAUAUGGUGAUUGGGAGUAUUCAGAUGAUGAGGACAAGUCAACCGACUCUGAGUCCUCCUCAGAAUAG